AAGGCGCCUCACACUUCCAAGCUAAAUUAGUUAAACUUAAAUUGUAUUUAUUUAUUUGAAUUUAUUUCAAAAACCGUAUCACUCGAAAGAGCGCAGAUCAGAAGUAUAUAUAAAAUAAUCUUAAAUUUCUAGUGUUUUAACUAUUAGAUGUAAUUGCAAUUGGCAUUAUGAAAGUCCUGCAUGUAAUUUUUUUUAUUUUAAUUUCGCUGAUCUGCAGCCAGGCAACAGACUCAGAAUAUUCGAUCUUUUGCCAUUGGGAUGCGGAUUCCUACAAUCGCAAAGGAUUGAGUUACUUCAACUCGUGGAGUAUAGAUAAGAAGCUGUGCACGCAUUUCGUGUAUGGCAAUGUCGCCAGUUUGGACCCCAAUGGGUCGGGCGGCCUGAAAGUUAUUAAUGAGGCAGUGCUGGAAAAACGUGGGCUUCUGAAUGAUAUCUUAAAUGUGAGACGUGACAACUAUCAGGCAAUUCUAUCCGUUGGUGACACGAAGGAUGAUUCCAGAAGAUUCUCCAAGAUGGCAGCUAGCCAACGCAAACGCGAUCAUUUCUUUGUAACGCUCAUGAAAUUCCUCGUCGAACGUGAAUUUAGUGGAGUGCUCUUGAAUUGGGAGUUUCCGACCCAGCACGGUGGCCGGCCCGAUGACCGACAUAACUUUCUCACACUAUUGAAAGAACUGAAGAUUAUUCUGCAGGAACAUCGUUUUCUGCUCCUGGUUACCGUUUCUGCUCGGCUGGAUAAGCAGACCCUCGCCGCCUACAACAUUCGCAAGAUAGCGAAAAUCGCAGAUUUCAUUAUUCUUAACACCCACGACUCACAGGAUAUAUACGGGCAGCAGCUGAACUACAUGUCACCGCUCCACGGAAACGGAAGUCAGAGUGUGGCACGUGGCGUCAAGCACUGGAUCCAGCAGAGCGAAAUGCCACAGAAGCUCAUUCUCGGCAUUCCGCUGUUUGGACAGACGCAUACCAUUCGUGACAUGAGCAAAACGGAUGUGCAUGCACCCAGCAAGGGGCCUGGCUUGCAGCACGUAUUUUCGAAGCGGCCCGGGUUCAUGACCUACGCCGAGUUCUGCUCGCAGGCGGUCAAGUGGGAGAAGAAGUUUGACAAACAGGCGCAAGUGCCAUAUGCCUAUAAGGAUGAUCAGUGGAUCAGCUUUGAGGACGGCAACAGCAUCAGCGCUAAGAUGCGUCUGGCUAAGGAGCAACGGUUGGGUGGCGCAAUGGCAUGGUCCAUUGAUGCCGACGACUUCCACGGCCGAUGCGGAGAACGUUACGCUCUACUCAAGGUAAUCGUCUCGCAAAUAGGUAACCCAUCUGUUCUGACAACCGCAGCGCCUACCACCGAGGGCGUCGGCCUCUGCCCCAAGGACGGAAUGUUCCGCAAUCUAUGGAACUGUCAAUCGUAUUACGAAUGCCGCGACGCCCAGCGCACCGAUUACGAGUGCCCAGACGGAGACUUCUUCGACGAGGUAUCGAGUCAAUGCAAGCCCGCUGAACAGGUAAAAUGUUCAAACGACUUUGUCACCUGGCGUCCAGGCCAAGAAGGCUACAACUUCCGCGACUUACCCCUCAAUUUGAAGAUAGUUGAAUAACUUUCUGUAACAGAGUUUAUAACAGUAAAUUGUAGUCAGUAAAUAAUAAAUCCUUUUGGCCGUGCA